CUGUGACCUGGGGAGUAGAGUUGUAGCCUGCCUUUGUGGGCUCUUGCAAGGAGCUGUGAUACCUUAUGGGAUUGUCACCUGGUGUUUGAUGGCGUGUGUCAGCCGAGAGUAACCUUUGGGGCUGCGGGUGGAGGACUCGGUGGUACCUGUUCCAUUUACUAAUGCUGUGUUUCCAGGUUUGAGGUCUGGACUCACUUUGGAAGUAGAGCAGUUUUUGCCUUGCUGUAUCUACAAGCAGUUUUUUAUCUGCUAGUGUGGCUAGAAAUAGUUAAAAAAAAAAGGAUAGGUAUACAAGUACCUCCACAUCUGCCAGGAAAGGGGAGACUUCACUCUGAAGUAACUGAUAAACAAGUUUGAAGCAUGAAGAUCAACUCUGCUAUUCAGGCUGCUAUUGACCUCACAGCAGGAGCUGCAGGUGGGACAGCAUGCGUGGUGACUGGCCAGCCCUUUGACACUGCAAAGGUGAAGAUGCAGACAUUCCCGGACAUGUACAAAGGAUUUGUGGACUGUUUCGUGACAACCUAUAAGCAAGUGGGGUUUCGAGGCUUCUACCAGGGAACCACACCAGCACUUCUAGCCAACAUCGCGGAGAACUCCGUUCUGUUCAUGUGCUAUGGAUUUUGCCAACAGAUUGUGAGAAGAAUUGUUGGAGUAGACAGGAAAACAGAGCUCAGUGAUCUGCAGAAUGCUGGUGCAGGCUCCUUUGCCUCUGCCUUUGCCACCCUUGUCCUCUGUCCUACAGAGCUGGUGAAGUGCCGGCUGCAGGCCAUGCAUGAAAUGCAGUUGUCAGGAAAGAUAAUCCAGGGACACAAUACAGUUUGGUCAGUAGUGAAGGGUGUUAUUCAAAAGGAUGGUCCCCUUGGAUUUUACCGUGGCCUGUCGAGCACUUUGCUGCGGGAAGUCCCAGGCUAUUUCUUCUUCUUUGGAGGGUAUGAACUGAGCCGGACUUUCUUUGCCUCUGGGAGAUCAAAAGAUGAAUUAGGUCCCAUUCCUCUGCUACUAAGUGGAGGUUUUGGAGGCAGCUGUCUGUGGAUUGCUGUGUAUCCUGUGGACUGUGUCAAAUCUAGAAUUCAGGUUCUUUCAAUGGCUGGAAAACAGACAGGCUUUAUGGGAACAUUUGUAACUGUUGUGAGAACUGAAGGUGUACUUGCCUUGUAUUCUGGACUGAAGCCAACUAUGAUCCGUGCAUUUGUGGCCAAUGGGGCACUGUUCCUUGCCUAUGAGUACAGCCGAAAACUUAUGAUGAAACAAGUAGAUUCUUACUGAUACCUUCUAGCAGGUGGAAAAUGAAAAGCUGUUUAAGGAUCACUUAAGUAAAGGAUCAAAAACCUGUAGAUCACAUCAUGGUCUGA